CAACUUUCGGAUCGCAAGGGAUGUGGAGCCGACAUGCAGCCUACCAGAUUGCGUCAUGAGUAAUCCUCCCCGGGAACUCAAAACAUCCACCUUUGCCGGUCCUGUCCAUUCUUUAAGACCUCCAUUGAACUCUCGGUAUCGCUGAACAGUCCAUCCAACAUGUUCGCCCGUCAAUUCUUCAGGACCUGCCAGCCUGCGAAGCAGAGCUUCCGCAAGUACUCGACCGAAGCCCCCAAGGGCAAGGCGAACCUGACCCCGAUCUACCUCGCCGUUGGCGUGGCUGGUCUGGCUGUCGGUACCUACAGAUACGCGGGCAGCGCAGCUGCUGAGGAGAAGCCCCGCGACAAGGUCUUCAAGGGCGGGGACCAGGGCUUCGUCGAUCUGAAGCUCGCUGCCAUUGAGGAGCUGAGCCCCAACACCAAGAAGUUCCGCUUCGAGUUCGAGGACAAGGAUGCUGUCUCUGGCCUUCCUGUCACCUCUGCCUUGUUGACCAAGUACCAGCCGCCGGAUGGAUCCAAGCCCAUCCUGCGUCCCUACACUCCCACCAACGAUGAAGACAUUCCGGGUUACCUCGAGCUCGUGGUCAAGCGCUAUCCGAACGGCCCCAUGUCCGAGCACCUGCACAGCAUGAACGUUGGUCAGCGUCUGAACUUUAAGGGUCCCCUUCCCAAGUACCCUUGGGAGGCUAACAAGCACAACCACGUUGUCCUGCUUGCCGGUGGCACUGGUAUCACUCCCAUGUACCAGCUCGCCCGCCACAUCUUCAAGAACCCCGAGGACAAGACCAAGGUCACCCUGGUGUUCGGUAACGUCAGUGAGCAGGACAUCCUUCUGAAGAAGGAGUGGGAAGAGCUGGAGAACACCUACCCCCAGCGCUUCAAGGCCUUCUACCUCCUCGACAACCCCCCACCCGAGUGGACCGGCGGUAAGGGCUACAUCACCAAGGAGCUCCUGAAGACCGUCAUGCCUGAGCCCAAGGAGGAGAACAUUAAGAUCUUUGUCUGUGGUCCUCCUGCCAUGUACAAGGCUCUGAGUGGGCCCAAGGUCAGCCCGAAGGACCAGGGUGAGCUGAGCGGUGCCCUGAAGGAGCUUGGAUACAGCGCGGACCAGGUCUACAAGUUCUAAGCUCUGGAAGCCCCGCGUACAAAGAUACAAUGUCUCAUUAGAUUUUGGAGAAAUCACGGCUUUUUAGCAUAUCUUCAAUAGAAGCUGUAAACUGUUACCUGAAA